AUGUGGACUUUAUUGUCAGUUUUGGGAUGUUUUUCAGUUUCAUUUACUGUCAACAUGUACAUUAAUAUAAUUUUCUGUGAUUUUACUAGACAUUACCUGUAAUUUUCCAAAACAGAGAAAAUAUGUAAACAAACAAUACAUUUUUAAAAAAUAAUUUUCAACAGAGUAGCUGUAGAUUAAAGGACCCUACAAUAUAGCUACAGUUAGCACAAACUUAAAUACAAACUUAAAAACACUGACAGUGAACAUUCUCCUGAAGAAUGUGUCUACUUAUACUACUGAUAGGUUACUUUAAGUACAUUUUUCUUAUAAUACUUGCAUACUUUUACUCAAUUAAGUAUAAUUGAGCGUUGAAUGCAGGACUUUUACAUGUAUUGAAAUGAUACUUACAGUUUGAUAUUAGUACUUUAACUUUACGAAUGGUUCAGAAUGUUUUUGUUUUGUUUUGUUUUUGUUUUUGCCGCCAUUAGGCUACCCUGUGUUCUACUAAGGAGGGCAAUGAAGAAAAAAUAGAAGAAAAUAAAGCGUAUUUCCAGUAUAGUUUGGGACUUGAUGGUGUCUUUGCUGCCCUUCUCGCCAUGAUAAAUCUUCUUCUCUCUUCUCCUUGGUUCUCCUUCUUCUUCUCCUCUCCACCUGUUGAGCUCAUCAAGUUUGUUUGCGCGCGCGGAGCUCCUAGUGACUCAGUCAGCGCGCGAGGAGGGUGUGUGUGACACGAGCCUUCAUAUUUAUCUGACGUGAGAGCGGAACUGUCAGAAGAGCCACAAGUCCAAAAGAAAAAAAGAAGGGGGAAGAAAAAAACCAAAAAACAAAACAGAGACGAGCAGAAAGGUCAGUCAGAGAGAGAUGAGCAGCGUCCGGAGCCACAGCGGAGCCUCCAGCAGCCUGCAGAGCCUCAGCAGCAGCAGCAUGAGUCCGCUCAGCGCCGCCAGCAUCUGCACCCUGACCGCCCUGCUGCUCCUCACCGUGCCCCUCUGUCACAGUGCUCCAGCAAAUCUCCAGCAAGCCACAACAGAUCAGAGGCAGCUAAUCAGCCAGAUAGACGCUGUGUGUUCGUCCUACCUCUCCGCAGACCUGAAGUUAUGGGCAUCUGACAUCCUAGGAGAACUCUGUGUGUUGAUGUUGGUUCAAAAGUCAAAGGAGCUAAAAGUGCAAGAAAAUAGUAAAAGGUUUUUAUUUCAUUACUCUAGACCACAAGGUUCUGUCUUGUCUCAGGGGUCGACUCCUCGGUUGCACCCUCUUCUGCGUCUUAUUUCUCAACUCCAUACCAGAAGAGAGAGAGAACUCACGAUGCACGCCGAACUCCAGGGACCUGGGGGAAUCCAGAGCAGAGGCUACUUCCUCUAUCGGCCACGAAAUGGAAGAAGAUCCUUAGAAUAUGAAUAAAUUGAAAGAGUCUCCACCUCUGAAGCUUAUUGUACAGAGACGACAAAGACCCUGAGACCCGAGCUGCUGCACCACGACUGAGUGAUCCAGACUCCAGCCACAGCCCUCUGCCACAGCUGUAUAGUGAUGUUUGAAUGUACACAAUGAAUAUUCAUUAAAAAAUACUGUUUAUUUGUCCAGAUUUUAUUUUGUGUUAUAAUGUGGGCCAUUUGCAUUAAAACUGCUAUAAUGUGAUUGGAA